AUGGCGCGCACCGAUAUUGAUGAAUUAAAUAAUGAUCUUGAAAACCAUGUUCUAGGCGGUACCUACGAAGAGCUAACUCGACUGCUUCAAGGAUAUGUGGAGAACGAGGUGGAUCUCAAUAGCGACGGGUCAUGCAGUCAGAGCUGCCCCGAUUACACCAACACAACUAAGAUGGGAUGCUUCGAGCAAAAGUUCUGUUCUCAACAACCUUCGUGCUCUGGUCGAAUUCACGAUUGUCGGUUCAUAGAGUCAGACUUAUCUGUAUGUCAGUCACCGGAGAGCAGCACUCGUCGCUAUGACUACAUUCAAUAUAGUGACGGGCCUCGAAUUGGAGAGCGCGAGAAAUGUUGGCGUGACGUCAACAAUGUGGAGAGCUGGAGGAGAUUGUUUUACAAAUGCAGCUACUGCUUCUGCCUAUGUGAUGAACCGGGUCCACGGUCUGAUCGAUACUUCAAUCUUCGACCAGUUAUAUCGGAUGAGUGGGAUAACAAAGUUGUGACUGGAGUGCGGUUUGUGAAGAAGAAUCGCAUAAUCCAUUUGCAAAUACAACAGGGUCAACUCUUGCCCCGAGGUGCGAUCAACGAAUCAACUGUUGAGUGGAAGCCCAUUGAUGACUACAAAAUCGAUGAUUUCAAUGUCACCGAGGGAGUUGACUAUCAUGCAAUGAGUUAUGAAAACCGACGCAUAAACCUGGAUGACAUUACAUAUAAAUAUGGUAGAAUAUUUUUAGUAACCGGCGUGCGUUUUGCUGUGAAACAAGGAAGACUGAGACUCGAAGUAUCUCAUGGCAUUUAUUGGUUUGAAAAGGGUGAACUUAAUUCAUAUAAUAUAAAAGGUCACCAAGAACAUGUAAAAGAGAUACAAAUUUUGAGUUUGCGUGGGAUAUUUGAUUAUGAACACGAAAAACUAAACAUUGAUAAUUUGAAUGUACCAACCCGAUCAACACACAGUUCAGAGCCAUUGUCAAAAGAGAAUCAAUGUGUCGAAUUUGUUAACACAGGAAUCGAAAAAGAUUCGGCACAAACCACGAUUCCAUUUCUGGAUAUGCAGGAUGUUGCUUCAAAUCCGCCAGCUCCGUUGUUCGGCAUUGGCCUCUACUAUAAAAAUAGUCCAGGAUAUGGUGGAUUUGUUGCACCCAGAAUUAUCAGCUAUGAUAUCGCAGAUUAUGUUCGUUUGCCAAUUUCCGAGCCGUAAAAUAUGUUACACUAUUUAUUUGUAAAAGGUUUCUUAAAAUUUUCAUUUACAAUAAAAUUCACUUUUUUAAUAAAAUA